AUGUUCGCUGAACAUGAGUACAAAUAUGACCAGCUAAGAGACGUCACGGAGGCAGGUGGUACAUCUCCUCGAGACGCGCCUGCGUCGUCCUUCCGACGGCUACGUUCGGCAUUCUUUGCCUCCUCCACGCCAUGGAUCAUCUCGACCGUCGUGUUCGCUCUUCUAUCGGCAUUCCUCGCGGUCGAACAUGGCUAUCGUCAUGCUGAUGUUGGGACCUUUGAGACUGGCUUCAGCACAGACAUCGGCAUAAGCGACCGGCCACCCAUCCGCGUCGUGCAACGGCGCUUCGUCGGAACGCCCAGAUUCUAUGCGAAUGGCACAGGCUAUCAGACAGCAUACUCGAGAUUUGCCGGCAAGCCUCGUCCAGAAAUCGACCAGGCUUGGCAGGACUUGAUCGGUCAGAGAUACUGGAUCAUCCAAGAACAGGAAGCGCAACAAAUGUUUGGGCAGACGUACAAGGAGUUCGAGUUGCCGGGAGGCAAGUAUGCUGCCGGCAUUGACGUUUUGCAUCAAUUGCACUGUCUGAACACUCUUCGGAAGUACGCAGACGCGGACUACUACGCCAAAGAACUGGAAGAGGAACAUGGCUAUACACGGUUGCACCUUGAUGCCGUCUGUGACCACGGCGAAUACAUCUCCUCAACCAACCUGAAGGGUGAGUCUCGACCUCGUCCGGAACUUAGCCCCGGUCGUUAUUCACGGUCGUGGACGCCUACCAAAGGAACCCUCCCAUCGACAAUCAUACCGCAGGUUACGCCGCACCAGAAACCGCCCAGGAUGACCGUCAAACUCGGCCCACCCUCCAAAGAGCUAGUGACCAACAUCUACACCGCCGACCCCUCAGCCCACGUCUUCCCCAGAGACCCCAACACCAUCUGGAUCUACCCCUCGCACGACCGCGAGACCGACAUCCAAUUCAACGACAAUGGCGAUCAAUACGACAUGACUGACUACCACAUCCUCUCGGUCCAAUUCGACCCGGAAAAGGACGACAUCAGCACCGUAACCGCCACCGAACACGGCGUCUCGCUCACCGCCGAGCAGGUUCCAUGGGUGAGCAAGCAGAUGUGGGCACCUGAUGCCGCGUACCAUGCCGCAACGGGGAAGUAUCAUUUGUACUUUCCCGCGAGGGAUAAGGAGGGGAGGUUCAAGUUGGGCGUGGCGGUUGGGGAGAAGCCGGAGGGGCCGUUCACGCCGCAGAAGGAGCCGAUGAAGGGGAGCUAUAGUAUUGACCCGGCGAGUUUUGUUGAUGAUGAUGGGACGGGGUAUGUGUACUUUGGCGGCAUUUGGGGAGGAGAGUUGCAGUGUUAUAAGGCGGUGCAGCCGAAGGAGGAUGGGACUGAUUUUGAUGCUAGCAUGCUGGGACCGAAAGAGCCUGCGGGAGCUGGGAAGAAGGCGUUGGGUGCGAGGGUUGGUCGUUUACGGGAGGAUUUCUUGGAGUUUGAUGGGGAUGGGAUUAUGGAUGUCAAGAUCUUGGCGCCAGAGACUGGAGAGGAGAUUGAUGCUGAUGAUCACGAGAGGAGGUUCUUCGAGGCAAGUUGGCUGCAUAAGCGGGAAGAUGGGAAGUAUGUGUUCAGUUACAGCACGGGAGAUACGCACUUUAUCUGCUAUGCGGUUGGGGAUGGGCCUCUGGGGCCAUUCACGUAUGAAGGACAGCUGUUGCAGCCGGUCGUGGGAUGGACGAAUCAUCACAGUGUGGUCAAGUACAAGGGCAGGUGGUAUGUGUUCUACCACGACUGCGAAAGGAGUAAUGAUGUCAGUCAUCUGAGGAGCGUCAAGUUCCGCGAGGUGACUUGGUGA